AAAAAUAGCUCGGGUUUCCAUAAGCUCAACAUGAGGAAACUCUCCCUUCAGUGGACUUCGAGGUUAUUUUCUACUAUGCGAUAGGGCCCCACUCACGUGUUAAACAGUUUAGAAUGUAUCGAUGCCCUAUUUGACAACACUGAAUUAGAUGCAACAAGAGAUACAACAGGUUUGGACCUGUCUUCGUACCACAGACCGAGUAACAGCCAAUCUGAAUGUUUAUGGUGGUGACGUCACUGGAAAUCCCCAUGCCUAAAACUGUGUAUCAACAAAACAUUUUUGGACUUGUCUCGUUACUUCGCGGAUUUUUAGACGUGUUUCAACUUGUUGAGUUUUAGCAGCCGAUGGGUAUAUAAAGGCUGGAUUUCCCCCAAACAAGUCAUUCAAUCGCCGAAUGCAGAAGCAAAUGGUCACGUUGAAUUUUACUCGAGAAAAACAAAAGCCAUCUGAAAUUAUGGAGGCCCAGACAAGUAUGGAAUAUGGAAGAACAGCCAAAAGGCAGAGGCUCGAAUACGGUUGUAGUGACUGUGGUCAAACCUUUGCACACAAACAAAGUUUAAACCGUCACAAGAAGACGGCCCAUGGAAGUCCGAAGCUAACUUGCAGUCAAUGCAAAAUGACAUUCACGAGAAGAGAUAACCUGCAUCGUCAUUUGAAGACACAUUUACAACAGGGGGGUGCUAAUGAAAGUACUCCACGAGGGACAUCUGCCACCGAACCAACACCCACUCAACAAGAACCUGUCGAGCCACCGUGUGACCUUCAAGCCCUAGGAGGCACUAUGCAGGUUCAUACCAUCCCAGGAGAAGGUAUACAGAAAUACGACCCCAUGACAUUCCUGAAGGGAAAGUACGACGAGGUCAAGAAGGUGCUGAAGCAAGCCAUCAAAGAUCGAGGUGAGCUAAAGUGGUACCUGACCAUCAAAGUAAAGAUGAGCAGGCGGAAAGGUGAGGUGGUGGAAACGGUGGAACCCCAUUUCAGAGGCAAGUGUCAAACGUCUCUUAAAUUUGAAGACCCAGAUGAAGGGAUGAAGGAAUCGAUUAAAAAGAUCUAUACUUCUUUCAUCGAAUUUCAAAGGCAGGGUAGCAACUGGACGGUGGAUAAGGUGGUAGACCUCACCAUUCACAUGGCUCGGUACCGACCCCUUCGAGGCUCGAGUUACACACCCCUCCCCAUCAAAUUGAGAGCUAAGCAUGCCAUCGUCAAUGUUCAGAAUCGGGACCAGAAGUGUUUCAUGUGGUCGGUCCUGGCGGCAUUAUACCCCGUCAAACAACAUGCAGAGCGGGUGGCUAAGUAUGCUCAAUACGUCAAUCAACUUGACACCACUGGCAUUUCUUUCCCCGUUAAACUGGUCGAUAUUCCCCGGUUUGAAAGGCAGAACAAUAUUUCUAUCAACGUGUUCGGUUACGAAAAGGGAGACGUUUACCCACUCCACGUGACCAAACAACGUUUUGAAAGGCACGUGGACCUGCUGAUGAUCGCCAACAGUAAAAAGUCACAUUUUUGCUGGAUCAAGGACUUGAACCGGCUACUAUUUGAUCAGAAAAGCUAUGGUCAUCGCCAUCAUUAUUGUCCUUACUGUCUACAGGGGUUCACAAAACAGAGAAUUUUGGAUGAUCAUCUUGUUUAUUGUCAAACACAUGGUCCGCAGAAGGUUGACAUGCCCAAAGACGAAGACAAAUGGCUAUAUUACAAGAAUGUAAGAAAACAACUCAAAGUUCCCUACAUCGUCUAUGCUGAUUUCGAAUGCCUCCAAGUGCCUAUUUCAAGAUAUGAAAAAAGCCCAGAGUCAUCCUCCACUGAGAAAAUGACUAAACACGUCCCUUCUGGGUUUGCCUAUAAAGUGGUUGGCUUGUCACCUGAACAUUGCAAACCACUUGUCACCUAUAGAGGAUUAGAUGCCACCGACAAAUUUGUCGAGUGCAUGGUCAAAGAACAAGAGGACAAAGAAGAGAAAUUUAAACAGUGUGAGCUAAUGGUGAUGACGGGACGAGAUCGCCAAUCAUUCAAGACGGCCACGCAGUGUCACAUAUGUAAGGCGCCACUCGGUCCUAAUCCAGUCAGGGACCACUGUCACAUUACUGGAGAGUUUAGGGGUGCAACCCACAGUGAAUGUAACCUCAACUACAAGUUUACUGGGCGCAUUCCCGUUGUUUUCCAUAACUUGAGAGGCUAUGACAGUCAUCUCAUCAUGCAGGCCAUAGGAAAAAUUCAGAGUAAACCCAUCAGUUGCAUUCCCAACAAUAUGGAAAAGUACAUCUCCUUCAGUCUAGGGUGCAUGGAUUUUAUCGAUUCCUUUCAGUUUAUGAACUUUUCCUUGGAGAAACUCGUAAGCAAUCUGGCCAAGGAAGGACCUUCUAAGUUUGUCCACAUGACUCAACAUUUCGGCGCAGAUCAACUGCCCCUUUUGUUGAGAAAGCAGGUCUACCCAUACGAAUACUUUGAUUCUGAAGCUCUGUUCUUAGAGACCCAGCUCCCACCCAAAGAAGCCUUUCGAAGCUCCUUAACUGAUGAAGACAUAAGUGACGAGGACUAUGCUCAUGCCCAAGGAGUAUGGGAGGAAUUUCGCAUCUGA